AUGGAGCUAAAAUCUCUUAUGCUUCUUUUAAACCUUAUAUUAACUAAAAAGCUUAUGUCAGACUCACCCCUUUUAACUGCUUUCGAUAUAGAUAUAGCAGGGCCUUUUAAAAUUAAAGGCUUAUUAAGGGAACGAUUUUUCGUUACUUUCACGUGCAGAGGUUCUAGAGCCAUUUGGCUAUACGCUUUAAAAUUUAAAGCUGAUAUAUUCGAUCGAUUAGUUGAAUUUUAUAAUAUGAUUACAACUCAAUUCGAUCGAAAACCUAGCUUUAAUAUAAAGGUAUUCAAAUUAGAUAACGCAGGAGAAUUCACUUCGAAUAAAUGGACUACGUUUUGCAAAAGCAAAGCUUAUAUAUUAAAAAAUAAGCGAGACAAUAAAUUGGCCGAUAAAGAUGAAAAGAGGCUAUUAGUUGGUUUCGAAUCAGCUAAUAAUUACUUGAUCUACUUCCCGAGUAAAAGAGUCGUAAUUAGUUUAAAAAACGUUCUUAUUAAAGAAGACCUUAAAUUUAAGGACGAACUAAUUAACGAAAAGAGCGAUUAUUUCGAUAUAAUCGAAGAAGAGUUACUUUCUACUAAAGGCGAUGAUGAUUUUACUACUAGUAUUAAAUCAAUCGAUAAUACUAGUAAUAAUCAGCCGAAUAUUAGCCAGCCGAGAGUCGUUGAAAUAGAAGAAGCCGAAGAUCAACCUUAUUUUGACGACACUGAAUCUCGCGUUAGUGAUCUAAAUACAGAUGAUCUUAAUAAGGCUACCGUAGAAGCGCCUAAGGCUCUUAAAACUCGGGGCCCGGCGAAAGAUUACUCCGAUCAAAAACCAAACGUAAUUACUAGAUCGAGUAAAAAUAACUCUUUUAAUUUAGCUAUUACAGAGCUAAAUAAUCGAUUAAUCGAAGAGCAAACACAAGCUAUCAUUCCGCCAUUAGAGCCUAAAAGCUAUGAGGAAGCUAUAAACUCAGCCUUAUAUAAGGACUAUUGGCUUAAAUCUAUGCAAAAUGAAAUAGAUUCAUUAGAAAGCCAAAAUACUUGGAAAGUAGUCAAUAAAAGCGCUAGCAAUAAUAUUAAACCCUUAAAAACUCGAUGGGUUUAUAAAAUCAAGCAAGGUGCCGAUACUUACGAAUUUAAAUCAAGCUUUAAAUACGCGAAUAAGCUAUUAAUGCUUAAUAAAGCAUUAUACGGACUGAAACAAUCAGCUCGCUUAUGGUUUAUCACGUUAAAAGAAGAUUUAGGGCUAAUAAAAGAUUAUUUGGGUAUCGAUAUCGAAUACGAUAUUAAGCAAGGCUAUAUGAAAUUAAGCCAAGAAUCUUAUAUUAUUAAGAUUUUGAAUCGUUUCGAUAUGCUAGAUUGCAAGCUUAAACCAAUACCAAUGGAUUCAAAGGCUAAAUUAGAGCCUAAUCCUAAUAAGGCUAGCGCGUUAGAGAUCACGUGUGGCUAUUGCGAUGCUGAUUACGCUGGAGAUAUUGGUACAGCAAAAUCGACUAGCGGUUUCAACUUUUAUAUAAGCUCUAGCUUAUUUAGUUGGAAAUCAAAAUUACAGAGUAUAAUAGCUCAAAGCACUACUGAAGCUGAAUAUAUGGCGAUUAAUUCGGCCGCUAAGGAAGCUGUUUAUAUAAAGCAAUUUCUUACCGAAUUAGGCUAUUAUAUGCAAGAUAAAUUCCCUUUAUAUACUGAUAAUAACGGCGCUUUAUUACUCGCUAAAAACCCUGUUUUUCACGAGAGAACAAAGCAUAUAGCUGUUAAAUAUCAUUAUAUAAGAGAUCUUAUAAACAAAGGUAUUAUAGACCUUGUUUAUAUAAGAACUUUGAAUCAAAAGGCAGACGGGUUUACUAAAGCUCUCGAUAAGCUUAAGUUUAACGAAUUUGUUAAACAAUUGCAACUUUCUUAA